GGCCCGUCAGCAGAACAAGUGCGCUGCACGCGACGCGAUCGACCGGCCGGCCGGGCAGACAGACAUUAUCUCAAUUCCCACUAGCUAGCUAGCUGCUGCAGGAGGCAAGAGACGACGACAGACAGCCAGCCGCCACCGUGCGGUGCCAAGGCGAGCUCCGGUCCGCGACCUGUUGUGCGCCGCCGCUGCUGGCUUCUCUUCCGCCUCGACGCGCGACGAUCGAUGGGGUUCCCCCUGCUCGCGUUCGUGGCGGCGAGGGGCCUCAUGCAGGUGUUCAACCUCUCGGCGCCGCUCAACCUCCGCCUGCCGCUCGCGCGCCACCUGCCGGAGGCCUUCGCCGUCCUCUUCGGCGUGCUCGCGUCCCACGCCGCGUGGCUCAGCGACGCCCUGGCGCGCGGCGCCGCCUGGCGCCACACCGGGAACCGGGGCGGCGUCGACGAGUAUGUCCGCUACGCCAUGCUCAGCAUCUCCGACUGAGACGCGCGCAUCCACGGCGGACGACAACCACCAUCUCCGACUCCGUCCCUGCGCGAUCGAGAAGGCGCUAGCUAUCAAGCUGCGGUCCGUCGUGCAUGCUCGUGGUGGCAACUGCAUGCCGCCCCUCGCUAGAUUAGCUUAGGAUCUCUCUCCCCCUCCCCCUUUGUAACACAUUGCUUGCUCGCUCCUUUGGUUUCUUCUUGUUCGUAGCAUGCGUGAUUUUUGGUAGCAUCGGAAAGAUCUGUGAGAUUGUUGUAACAUGCAACCGUGGACCGUGGUUAAUUUGUAAAUACAGGUG